GUGUGCGAAUCUGCAUAAGCUAUAGUUCUUUGAUUCGGGUCCAGUCUAAGUACUUAGUGGAUCGCCAUGUCGUCUAAAAAUCAAAUGAGUGUCUUCAUGGAGAAGAUCAAUACGACCCUACAGGCCUGUCCCAUCAGUGUGUGCAUUAAUGAGCCGGAUACGCACAGUGCCAGCACAGAGAUCCUGCAGACCACACCAGAGGGAACACUAGAGAAAGCGGUGGCCAGUCCCAAUACAGCCACUACAUCAAAGUCCUCGACAGCGCUAAAUGGCAACUGCAUAGCCAUCAAUGGAGGUGUAGGCUCCACAGGUGAGGCGGCAGCCACCACAAGCACUGCGUCCGGAGUGACUAAGAUAACUAUAACCAGUGAAAAUAGCAACAGCAACAGCAACAGCAGCACUAGCAGCAGUAGCAACAAUAAUAAUUGUGCCAGCCACAUUCAAAGCGGCUACAAGAACAGCAGCCUGGUGUCCAUCACCAGUUUAAACAGCUGCAGUGAUCUUAGUCAGGGCAGCACAGCCACAUUGCCUCUAAGUAGCUCCACAUCGAGCAGCAGUAGCAGCCACUCAGUGGGACCAGUCAACACUCAUCCAUUGAGUCAUCAUACCCAACAGAAGACAGCCACUUGCAACAGCAACAGCAGCAGCAACGAAAACAAUAACAAUAGCAACACCCACAACAACAGUGGCAGCGAUACAUCUUCCAACAAUAACUUUCAGGAGCGAUUCGACUUUGAACACUGGAAGGGAUUGCUUAGCGAUUACAACUGCUUCCACGGACUCUAUCGCUACUGGAAUCAGUACAACGGACGGAGCAACACCACCAGCAGCAGCAGCAACACCAGCGAAGGCAACCUUCAAGGGGGCAGCAGCAAUAGCCGGCAACAUCAGUCACAGUCUGACCAUGAGCGCAACGGUCUGGGCAACGGAUCUGGAUCCUUCUAUACACACAAUAUAUUAGGAUAUACAUUCAAUUAUCCUUUUGGCCUCAAGGAGGACGGUCUUGACAACAACGGCAAUUGUCACAGCAAUAGCAGUAGCAGCCUUGGCUUCAGGAAGUCCAUAGCGGACAACGGAAGCGGAAAUAGCAGCGAGACACCGCUCCAGAAGCACUAUCGUCAGCAGCAAAAGAAGAAGAUGCCUGUGUUUAGAGGAAGAAGAGCCUGGUGCGGUUGCUUUAAGGACGAUGAGCCGCCCGAGAUUUGUGUGGUGGAGGGAGCCUUCACUCUGCAAACCCUCACACCCACACAGCCCAUGCCGUCGGUGGAUGAGCUGGACAGCAAGUUCGCGGAGCUGGUGGAGGAGCUGGACUUGACGGCGCCCAACAAGGAGGCAAUGCUGAGUCUGCCGGCGCAAAAGAAAUGGCAGAUUUAUUGCUCACGGAAGCUGCCACUGGAUGCGGCAGAUGGACCUGAUGCGGCGGCCAUCACCCAGCCACCGACGGCAGAGCAUUAUAUCGAGCGACUGAAGGAGCUAGUGGUGCAUAUAUCCCUCUCGCCAGAGGAUUCGCCCAGCCAUGAGCUGGGGAACCGUCUCGAUGGUCAUGCUGCCUUUGUGGAUGCCCUGAAGACAGCCCUGCGCACCUCCACGCACAGUUUUGUGUUGCGUUUUGUGGAGCUGGAUGGGUUGCCAGCGCUGCUGGAUUUGCUGCUCCAACUGGACAUCCGUGUGGCCAAUAGUCCGCUGCACACCAGCCUUAUUGGUUGCAUCAAGGCGCUGAUGAAUAACUCAAUGGGACGUGCUCAUGUCCUGGCCCAUCCGACGGCCAUCGAUACGAUUGCCCGUUCCCUGGCCGCGGACAAUAUAAGGACCAAGAUUGCCGCUCUGGAGAUACUGGGCGCUGUGUGUCUGGUUCCAGGUGGACAUCGUAAGGUGCUGCAGGCCAUGCUCCACUUCCAGGAAUUCGCCACAGAGCGAACCCGCUUCCAGAGCAUUGUCAAUGACUUGGAUCGGUCCACAUAUGCGUAUCGGGAUAAUGUCAAUCUCAAGACCGCCCUCAUGUCGUUUGUGAAUGCGGUGCUUAACUAUGGCCCCGGGCAGGAGAAUCUCGAGUUCCGUCUGCAUCUGCGCUACGAGUUCCUUAUGCUUGGCAUCCAGCCGGUGAUCGAUAAACUGCGCACGCACGAGAACGAGACGCUGGACAGGCAUUUGGACUUCUUUGAGAUGGUGCGUGCCGAGGAUGAGAAGGAGUUUGCCCGCCGCUUUAAUGAGGAGCAUGUGGACACCAAGAGCGCCAGCACCAUGUUCGAGCUGCUGCGUCGCAAGCUCAGCCACUCGCCCGCCUAUUCCCACAUGUUGUCCCUGCUGCAGCACAUGCUUCUGCUGCCCUAUACUGGUCACUGCACGGAGCACUGGCUGCUGAUCGAUCGUGUGGUCCAGCAGGUUGUGUUGCAGGUGGAGCAGCGUCCAAGCAGCGACCUGAUAUCCGAUCCUGAGGAUCCCGACAAGCAGCUGAAGCUAGCCGCAACCUCGCCCGUUCAUGAUCCCGAUGUGGCGCCCCUGCAAAUCGAUGUGGGCAAGCUAGUGCGUCUGCUGGUCAAGGAGGAGCAACUGACGCAGGCACGCAAGCGUGCUGAUGAGCUGGAACGUGAGAACUUUGAUGUGCAGUCGCGGCUGGCGAAGAAGGAGCAGGAACUCGAUCUGCGCAUGCAGGAGAAGGAGGAUCUGGAAACGGGACUGGCACGCAUGCGCGAACGUUUGGAAAAGGAGUCUGCCCAGCAUUCGCAGGCGGUGCAGCGCGCGCAGACCGCUGAAAUGAAGGCGGAGGAUCUGCAGCAUCGCUUGCUCAGCGAGCAGCAGGAGCGGGCCCGCCUGGAGCGUCUGGUCACCGAGGGCAGCAUACCCGAUGACCAAAAGGUGGCCGGUCUGACUGGCUGCAAUGGAGCUGUGUCGCCACCGCCGCCGCCACCCUCGGCUAUGCUCAAGGCCAUUCCGCCGCCACCGCCACCGAUGGCGCCGGCCAUGAUGCCACCACCACCGCCGCCCUGUCCGGGUGCACCGCCUCCGCCACCGUGCAUGGCGCCAGCAAUGGCUCCUGUGCCACCCAAGGUGGAGCUGCCAAAGAAGAACGUGCCACAGCCCACGAAUCCCUUGAAGAGCUUCAACUGGUCCAAGUUGCCGGAUGCCAAGCUUCAGGGCACCGUCUGGAGUGAGCUUGACGAGAGCAAGCUGUAUAAUAACAUGGAACUGGAGUCUAUAGACAAGCUCUUUUCGGCUUAUCAAAAGAAUGGGGUAUCGGCCACCGAUGGCUCCUAUGAGGAUCUGCGAGCAACUGGCGGCAAGCCAGCCAAGCAGAAGGUGCUCUCAGUGAUUGAUGGACGCCGGGCUCAGAACUGCACCAUCCUGCUCAGCAAGCUGAAGAUGAGCGACAUGGAGAUAUCAAAGGCCAUUCUGUCGAUGGACAGCAAUGAGCAGCUGGCACUCGACAUGGUCGAGCAGCUGCUAAAGUUCACGCCCUCGGCGGAGGAGCGUGCACUGCUGGAUGAGCAUAGCGAGGAUAUUGAGUCACUGGCCCGAGCCGAUCGCUUCCUUUACGAAAUAUCAAAGAUUCCCCACUAUGAGCAAAGGCUGAAGAGCCUGCACUACAGGAAGCGCUUCAUGCUGACGGUCAAUGAUCUUAUACCCCGCAUCACCAGUGUGAUGGAGGCAUCUCGCGAGGUGGCCCGUUCCCGACGUCUGCGCAAGCUCCUAGAGCUGGUCCUGGCUUUGGGCAACUACAUGAACCGCGGGGCACGUGGCAACGCCUCCGGCUUCCGACUGGCUUCGCUCAAUCGUCUGGCCGACACCAAGUCCAGUGCCGCCAAGGGCACCACCCUGCUGCACUAUCUCGUCCAGGUGAUUGAGCGUAAAUUCAAGGAUCUACUGAAGCUGGAGGAUGAUAUUCCGCAUGUCCGUGAGGCUUCCAAGGUGUCACUGGGCGAGAUGGACAAGGAUAUCCAAAUGCUGCGCACCGGCCUGGCGGAUGUGGCACGCGAAAUCGAAUUCCAUCGAAGCUCUGGCCCCGCCCAGCAGGGUGACCGCUUUUUGCCCGUUAUGCGGGAGUUCCACGCCUCGGCCUCGGUUCGCUUUGCGGAGCUGGAGGACAAGUUCCAGGACAUGAAGACCCGCUUCGAUCGAGCCGUGCGUCUGUUCGGCGAGGACGGUUCGGUGCUGCAGCCGGAUGAAUUCUUUGGCAUCUUCGAUUCGUUCCUGGGAGCCUUCGCCGAGGCCCGCCAUGACAACGAGAGCUUCCGGCGUCGUCAGGAGGAGGAGGAGAAGCGGGCCAAGCAGGAGGCGGAGCUCAAGAAGCGCACCAUUGAGCGGAAGAACAAGACGGGACUGAUGAGCAGCGUGGCCCGCAAUUUGGGCCUAAAAUCGGGCUCGCCCAACUCUGGACCGGAUUCGCCAGCGAAGGGCGCCUCUGGAGGCGACAACAAAGGCGAAUUUGAUGACCUGAUCUCGGCCCUACGCACUGGCGAUGUCUUCGGCGAGGAUAUGGCCAAGUUUAAGCGAUCCCGCAAGGCACGAGUACUCAAUGGCAGCGGUGGAGGCGGAGGUGCCGCAGCCACGGGUCACACAUCGCCGCCACGCCAUGGCAGCCUGCAGCGCGAGGAGAGCGGUCGGGAGCGUGAGCGUACGGUGCGGCGCCAGUAGGGUAAAGGAUAAGGGUGAGAGACAGGGGAGAUUGGGAUUAACCUCCCCGAUGUGUAACAUAACGUUGAAUGUUUCGGAAAGUAUUUUUUUAUAUUUUUUUUUCUCGUGUAUUAGCACACACACACUUUU